CUUAAGUGAAGAUUCCAAUCAUGAUGCUAAUAAAUUCGAUUCUGCCUUCACAGCAUGGGAAAACAAGAUACAUGAUACUAAAAUUAGCAAAUCUACUGAUUCAGCUUUGGAAGAGGAUGUUGUUUCAGAUA